AUGUCCACGAGUCUGGUACCACCCGUCAUGGCUCACUGCCAGACCAAACCACCAAAGGAACCCACCGUCCAGUCGCGGAUGGUUAAGUGGUAUAAUCUUCGCCUGCCACGCGAAGGGCCCGGGUUCGAUUCCCGGUCCGCGCAUUUUACCUUUUUGGGGUGCCCGAAUUCUUGUCAGCCAAUCGGGAUUUACAAGCAACCAGUAAUGGUUGACUUUUUGUCAAUUUGUCGUUCCUGA